AUGACGGGCUCCGUAGGAGCGGCUUCAGCGGCGCAGAGCGGCCGCGGUAACAGGAGUGUCGUUGCGGACAACGAGUACGAAGUUGUUUUGCCGAGUUUGCCAACAGGGCGUUUUGUUGUGAACACAUUUUUUUUACAUUGUGAUAUCAGGGCCCGCCCAUACCGGGUGGAAGAUUUCCGCGAUGCGCUCGCCCCGUUAUCGCUCCUGCCGGAAGUGGUGGCUCUCGGGGCCUACCGUAUGAGCCAUGUUUGGGCCGUGACCUUCAAAGACAACGAAGCUGUGAAGAAGAUCGUCAGUGUUGGUGAGCUACAGGUCAAGAAGGGCCGAUGCCUCGUCAUUGACCCCGCCAACCAGGAUGUACGCUUAAAAGUGCAUUGGCUGCUGCACACCGUUCCUGACGAGGACGUGCGUCUUGCCUUCGCGCCGUUUGGAAAGGUCACGGACGUCGCCCGCGACCGGUGGCGGGUGCAUGGCGUGGCUGACAAGAACUCUACCACAAGACUGGUUACGCUCAAGUUGAAGCCGGGCGUAAUGCUUGACGACCUGCCACACCAGGUGAGCGUCUCCGGCGAGCUGGCUCUUGUGGUUGUGCCGGGCAGGGCCCCUCUCUGCCUACGCUGCCGCGGGACGGGCCAUAUUCGUCGCGACUGCCGCAUUCCGCGGUGUGGUGCCUGCCGACGCUUCGGUCACGAAGAGAGUCAGUGCGAGCGGACGUACGCUAGCGUGACCGGACCCGUGAGCAACGACGACAACUCCGCCCUACUCAUGGACGAGGCGGAUAUGGAAGACACAUCGACCACGGCUAAGGAAGCAGCUGGCGAGGUGGCAGAGUCGGAGGCACGACCUCAGAAACAGGGGCAACAUGUCGAUGAAGCCGUCGACACUGAACAGCAAGAGCAAGUGGAGGGCACUGUAGCCAUGCCGAACCGUGAGGAAGAGAGCCCACCUGACCCGGGAGCGGCC